AUGCCGUCCCCACUAACCCACCUGGCAGAGCAACUGCUCGAGAGUGCUAAAGCCCUCGACGCAUAUAAUGAAGUCAACGGCCUUGAACCUGCAUCCUUCGAAACAGAAUCCUUCACUGAUCUGCCAGUGGCAGUGGAAGCCCAACGCAAGAAAACCAUCGAUCUGGCGCAGGAUUUGAAGCGGCUCGCUCAAGGGCCUCGUGAUUUGCUUUUCGAAUCAUUGAAUUUGGUACCUGCUUCUAUUUGGUUCGUCGUCUGUCAUGUCCCCGCGAGCGGCGACAUAUCCUACACGGAACUAGCAACUCUCCUCGGCUUUGACGAAAUCCUCCUUCGACGAAUGCUCCGUGUCGCUAUGAUGAACCGUCUGUUUAUUGAAACCCCCUCAGGCGACCAUGUCAGGCAUUCCGCAGCCUCCCGGAUCUUACACCAGGAACGAGCCGCAAUGGACACAUGCGGAUUCUUCCUGGAAGAAAUGUUCCCUGCCGCAACGAGGAUGGUCGAAACGAUGAAAAAGUACCCAGCCUCGGGCGAGCCGAACGAAACAGCGUUUAAUGUUGCUUUCAACACCAGCCGUCCGUUUUACCUCGAACUAGAGGCCUACCCCGAGCGUGCGAGACGGUUUGGAGCCGCUAUGCGUUGGAUGUCCCGUGGCGGCCGCUUCUCGAAUGACCAUCUCAUUCGCGGAUACGAUUGGGCUCAAUUUGACCACGAGGGUGGUUUAAUGGUUGAUGUUGGUGGAGGCCAUGGGACUGUCUCUGUUGCACUCGCUAAUUUCACCUCGAACAUGCGUUUCAUCGUGCAAGAUUUGCCCACCACCGCGUCCCAGGGCGCGGAUUCACUACCCGUCGAUUUGAAGAAUCGUGUCUCGUUCAUGCCGCAUGAUUUCUUCGCCCCACAGCCUGUAGUAGGAGCCGAUGUGUAUUUCUUUCGGUACAUAUUGCAUAAUUGGUCAGAUAAAUAUGCCGAGCGCAUUUUGAAGGGUCUAGUACCGUCACUUAAGGAUGGGGCUCGGAUUGUUUGCUAUGAGUUCUUGCCGGGAAAUUCUUCAACAACGGCUUGGAGUGAAAAGCAGCCGUACUUUGUAGUUGGCAAUACCGUACUCCCCCCAAGGAAGCUCAACCAUCAGUCACGCACGCUAUUGCAACCACAGAUGGAUAACAUACCAUCUAUCGACACUCACUCCGGUCUCCACCUCCCACGUCUCCUUUUUCUCCAUGGCGGUGGUACAUCCGCCCGAAUUUUCCGUCGCCAAUGUCGCACCUUAACCCGGGCUCUAAGUCCAUUUUUCCGCGUCGUCUUCGCGGACGCUCCUUUCCGUUCCGAGCCUGAACCGGCCAUCAUACCCGUGUAUGGUCGUUAUGGCUCCUUUCGACGAUGGCUGCGAUGGUCACCCGAGCACGCUCCCAUCAACGGUCCAGAUGCAGUUGCCGCGAUUCAAGAUAGCCUUUGCGAGGCUAUGGCAGAGGAUGAUUUGGCUGGCGGAACCGGCGCGUGGGUUGGCCUAGUUGGGUUUAGCCAGGGUGGGAAAAUAGCUGGGAGUGUCCUAUAUGAGACACAGAUGCGGGCAGCCCAGGGACGAGCAGGGUUCGCUGGGGGGAGCUGGAAGUUUGCGGUCAUGUUGGCGGCUCGGGCGCCACUUGUUGCGCUGAGUGAGCUCACGUAUGAUCAGGAUACGUUCGACUUACCGGGAAGUAUUUUGUCGCCGCCAGAUGUUGGGGAGUUGUCAAGGAACAAACAUCGCUUGACGAUGCCCACGGUACAUGUCCAUGGCUUGCAGGAUCCGGGGUUGAGAUUCCAUCGGAUUCUCUUGAACGAUUUUACCACGUUGAGAAGUGCGGAGGUGGUGGAGUGGGAUGGAGAUCAUCGAGUACCGGCCAAGAGCACCGAUGUUGCCGGCGUUGUGCAGGCGACGCUCAGGGCUGCUAAGAAGGCGGACAUUCCUCAGUUCAGGUGGUAUUAG